AUAUAUCAUAACUUUAAGAAAGAAGUUGACAAGUACCGAAUCAAUGUGUAUAGGUGUGAUGGUCCCUGUGUGAAAAAACGUCCUUUUUUUGGAAUUUUGCGGCGAGCUAUAGGGCGUCCUCCUGGUCCUACAGACAAAUGGUGGGCACAGCAUCAGUUAGAGUGUGGUGGAACCUUCCAUAAAAUUGGAGGUCCAGGAUCCACAUCACCUGAAGGUAAAAUUAUUGAAAAAAUUGAGAAAAAGCAAAUUACUAAAUACUGUAAGAAGUUUGAGACUUCAGGUCCAAGUUCUGUCAGCUCUGUCAUUACUGAUACAGUUAAAAAAAAAAAGUUAAUUUCCAGAAAAACUGCUGGUAAUCAAAGAAAAGUGAUUAGCAAAAAGGCUGCCUGUCUAAAAGGAACUGUUGAUGAAGAUGCAGUACUGAAAAGAAUUCGUGAUAAAUAUUCAAAUGUUAGGCAGACUAUAAUGUUAUCAGGAGAAGCAGCAAACCAACUGAGAGAGUCUUAUCAUGAGCGUUCUUUUAAUAGCCAUCCGGUGAAUGAUUCUCAUGAUCGUUACCAUUACCGUUAUCCUGCUCCAUUCGGUAACUAUGUAGAGGGAAAAAUUAACUAUAAUUAUCAAAGCCAUUCUCCAAAGCAAAUUAAGAUUAAAAAAUAUUUGGAGAGAUACAGAGAAGCCAGAAAGUCUUUAGAAUCACAAGUCAGUGAAUCACUCGCAUCUCUGCAACCCUUCCCCACUAACAAAUCUAUGUUGUGUGUUCAAACUUCAAACUUCCAGAAAACAUACCAACAUCUUGUAAGUGCUAGACAUUUCAAGUAUGAUUAUAAGUCAAAAACACCAGAUAAAAUAAGGUUAGGAAAAUAUAUCAAUAAAUAUCAAAUGAUGGUGCAUUCUGGUUCAAAUAAUUUGGAGUCAUCUACUGGUUCUUGUAAAGAGACUUCAAGGUCUGUUAAAGAUAUAUUGGUAGCUUCAGAAAAUUCUUUCACAAAGAAUGACCUGUUAUCAUUUCCUGGUACUUCAAAGACUACCUUAUGCCCCAUUUGCAGUGUUACAGUAUUAUGUGAAGAUUAUGAUCAACAUUUGGGAAAAUGCUUUGGUGAUGAUUUUGACUUUGAGGAUGCUUUAGAUUUUAAGGAAAAAGAUCCUAGCAAAGUGUCUGUCUCACUGUCUGCUACCAGAAUUGAUAAAAAGAAAACAUGUGCUGACUAUUGGGAUAAUAUGUUUGCAGCCACCAAUUGUAGAAAUUGUGGGUCAAGAGUCCUCUUAGAAGAGAUGCAGUUACAUCUUCAGUACUGUACAGAUUCUGAUGAAUCAAGUUCAGAAAAUUCACCUGAAAAAUUAACUUACCAAAACUCAAAGGAUAAGAAGGAACUCUUCAUGAAUGAUUCAUUAAGUAAAGGUUUUGUGUCUUGCCCCUCAUGUCUGGAAAGGGUUAAAGAACAGAAUAUCAAUGAACAUCUAGAUGAAUGCCUCAGUUUUGUUUGUGAAGAAUUUUGAAGAGUUGUCAAUAACUUUCAAAAAUGUAAAUGUGAAUACCACUUAAAAUCACUUAUUGCUUGUGAAUAUAAUAGAACAUAAGUCUGAUCUUCAUUUUGACUGUACAGGGGCAUUAUUAUUUCAUGGAAAGUGCCUUUACAGUAAUUUUUCUGAGGAUGAAAGACAAAUGCACCAGUAUUUUGUUUUUACAAAACUCAUCUACUAUACAUAGUUACCUCAACCCCAUUCCAUUUAAUUUUAACAGAGGUUCUAAAGUGACCUGAUUUCAUAACAUUGAGGUUGGUGGCUGAUAUACUGAAUUACAUAAUAAAUUUUUGCUUGAGAUCGUGUCUAACAUGUUUCAGGUAGGAUUGUUGAAUGUGCCAAGUUGAUUGUAGGCAGUGUGGUAUAAGCCAACAAUAGUCCUUAGUGCAAGAGUAAAUUCAGGGGUCCCCAUCUGUUUUGAGUAACCCCUGUUGAUAUAAUUCAAACCUAUAGAUAUAAACUCGUAUGGGAAUUGUUUGUUAUCACUUGACUUUCUAAUUUUUUAUGCAAGUCCCCAACAGGAUACACAACACAAUGACUAUUCCCCCUUUUACUCUGAAGUUUAAUAAAAUAUCUUUCCAGUUAAGCAAAAAGUUGUUUUGGCAUUCUACUCUUUACAUUGACAAAAUUAUUAGUUUGUGUGCAUCAGGAAUGUGUGAUUAGCUUUGGUGUGCCUAAUCUAUAUUUAAAAUAACAUUCAGUGUACCGUUUAUACAUGUGUAUCAUGUGACUUUGAAGACCUUAUUAUGAAGAUAAUUUUAAAGGGGUCGCAUCAUACAGAAGAUAUGAAAUUAGCAUAUGUGAUAUUUACAUUUAGUAUUGUAAUAUAAAAUAUAAAUAUAAUGAAUGUGCAUCUUUUCCGUGGAUCUUUUAAAAAGUACAUACUGUACAUACAAUAAUAUUGUAUGUACAGUAUUCUCUUUUUAUUAUUGUAUUAUGAAAUGCAAACAAAGCAAUCAUGUGGCAUUUGCAUUGUUUGAAUUUUCAUGAAUGUGGAUAACAGUACCAUUUGGGAAUUUUUGUUUAGGCAUAAAUUUCUGUUUAAAGAUAACCACGGGAGAAAGUUUCAUCCCAGCUGCCAUACACACUAAAACAAUAAAAUGUUUUCUUUUGUG